AAAAUUAUUCUCAAAUCGAACAGAUCCAAAUGAGAUAAAGAUAAAAAAGAUUACUUUAUUUGAUACGUAACAUGUUUCUCUUUCCCUUAAAGUAGAAUUCAGAUCAGACCCGCAUGGAUGAUUGGUCUUGGGGAUUAAAAAACAGAGCUUCGUAUAUGUACUCUAUCAACGAAAUGACCGGAAGGUACGAGUUAAACAUAGGAUAUAGAAGGAUCAUCAGGGCUAAUAUAGUACAGUCGUUUAAAUUUUUCCUUGGGCACUUGUUCCUUCUAUGAAUCAAAGUACAAAAAGAGAUCACGAGAUUCAAAACAAAGACUUGUGCUGCCUGAAGCCGAAGAGGAGUCCUUCCAACGGCAAUCUGAACAAGAAGAGAUAGUUUAAGAGAAAUUAUAUGCUAAGCCUUGUCUUUCAGACUGAAAAGGAUGGAAGGCCAAAGUUCUCAACACGGGCAAACUAUUGAAAUAAGUGUCGAUGUUCCUGAUGGGGCAAGAAACCUUGGGGGGAGUAUGACUUGUGGUGAAGCACCUUGUGGCCUUGCAAAUGCUAGGGCAAACUCUAAAGAAGCCAAAGAACGAUCAGAUUCCAUGUGCAAGCUUCUAAUAGCAGUAGCGCUUUGUGUUGUCUUCAUGAGUGUUGAAGUAGUUGGUGGCAUCAAAGCUAAUAGUCUAGCAAUAUUAACUGAUGCAGCUCAUUUACUUUCAGAUGUUGCUGCUUUUGGUAUUUCUUUGUUGUCAUUGUGGGCAACUGGAUGGGAAUCAAAUCCUCGUCAAUCUUAUGGAUUUUUUAGGGUGGAGGUUCUUGGUGCUUUGGUUUCAAUCCAGCUCAUCUGGUUGCUUGCAGGAAUUUUAAUGUAUGAAGCCAUUGUUAGACUUAUUAGUGGUACAGAGGAGGUUAAUGGCUUUUUAAUGUUUCUUGUUGCUACUUUUGGUCUUGUGGUGAACAUUGUCAUGGUUUUCGUGUUGGGCCAUGAUCACAGUCAUGGUCACGGUCGCACUCACAGUCACAGUCACAGUCACAGUCAUGGUCCUGAUGAUCAUGAUCCUGGUUUCAGUCAUAGCCAUGGAAAGACAAUCACUGUGGGUCAUCAUGAUCAUGAUGAAGAGCAUCAUCAUCAACAUGAUGAGAACUCCAAAGCUGAGUUACAUCAUCAUAGUGAAGAGCAUUAUCGGGAAGAGUGCCUCCAUACUGAAGAUCUUACCAAGCCACUCCUCAGCAAACCACAAGGUGCACAAGAAGAGAAGAAGCAACGGAACAUAAAUGUACAGGGAGCUUAUCUUCAUGUUCUUGGGGAUUCCAUUCAAAGUAUAGGAGUAAUGAUUGGAGGGGCAAUUAUCUGGUACAAGCCGAAAUGGAAGAUAGUUGACUUAAUUUGUACUCUCAUAUUUUCAGUUGUUGUUUUAACGACUACAAUUAAAAUGUUGCGAAACAUACUUGAAGUCCUAAUGGAGAGCACACCAAGGGAGAUUGAUGCAACAAAGCUUGAGAAAGGAUUGCUGGAGAUGGAGGAAGUGGUGGCCAUUCAUGAGCUCCAUAUAUGGGCUAUCACUGUGGGGAAGGUCCUAUUAGCUUGCCAUGUCAAAAUCCGGCCAGAAGCAAAUGCAGACAUGUUGCUGGAUAAUGUGGUACAAUAUAUUAGAAGGGAAUAUAACAUCAGUCAUGUGACCAUACAGAUAGAACGUUAGUUUUGGGCAUUGAAAUUGGUAUUAGCUGUGUCUUCAACUUCCAUCAUUGGAUCUUUGAUUUCAAGUCCUAAGGAAGCUAUUUCUCAUAUAACCAAUAGCUCUUCAGCUUUUGAUCAUUGAAAUUGGUAUUUAGGCAAGAGAUAGCUGUAAUCAUAAAAAAUUGCAAACUAUUGCUGCUUAGUGCUUCGUAUCCAGAAUAAUUGUUGAGUAUAAUAUAAAUGUUUAGUAUUGUAUCCUGUCA